AUGUCUUCAUACCCCCUCCUCUCCGUAAUUUUUGGGGCGGCCAUUGUCGGCGCUCAAAAUGUUCCUCAAAUAGAUUUUUCUCGUAUGGGCACCGUCGGUAUUGCGGGCGCGUUUGCAGGGCUUGAUUUGUACAAUGCCUCCGCUCCCACUCUUGACUCGUCCGCGGCCACCCUCGUAUCCCGUAAUUCUGAUGGAGCUCUUACUAUUCUGGGUGGGACGAACGGGGGAGGUCAAUUGCUCUCAUCAUGUUCGCUGAAAGAUACACUCUACGUUGGUGGGGUGUUUGAUUCAGUCGCUGGUAUAUCGGCGAGGAAUGUUAUUGCUUACACCCCGUCUUCUGGAAAGUUUUCACCACUUGGCUCAGAUGGUGCCGGAGUGGACGGCGAAGUGAAUGCGUUGCACUGCGACUCGAGUAGCGGCCUAGUAUGGGUUGGCGGGAAUUUCAGACGUCCAACAUCAGCUUCUGAGUCUUCCGGAUUUGGCGGAGCAGUUGCAGUUUUCAACCCCAGCGACAACACUUGGUCUCCUGCUCCAUUCGACGGCUUCAGAGGCCAGGUGCUGGAUAUUGCUCCAAGCACAGAUGGCAAGUCUCUCUAUUUCGGAGGCUCUUUUGCUACCACAUUCGGCUCCAAUUCUACUCUCAACGCUACCAAUAAUCCCGCCGUGCCAUACAGCCCUGGCGCUACGCCCUUUUCUGCGUCCCUGGUGCCCAUCCCAUUGAAUGGUUCAGAAAUAACCGCCCAGCCUGCAUCUUCGGACUCGAAUUUCAAUAACAUCCUCGACAUUCUUUGCCCGGCUGGCAACGACGGUCCGGGGAACACCUGGCUUGGUGCUGACAGCUCUACCGCUUCUAUUACUGCCCGGCCGUUCAAGUUCAUCAACGCUGGAGGUAUUCGACUUGGAAAUACGGCUAUCAACGGCCGGUCGACUACCGCGUUUACGUAUGCAGCUCUUUUGCCCCACUUUUGCUCGCUCACUAAUCCCCGACCGGACAGAUUAACCACCAUCCCAGACAACAAUGUCCUAGAGCUCACAUAUAAUGACCCAGCUACAAACCAAACAAGAACCUGUACGGAUUCGUGCCCACUCGCUCCUUCGUCCGCCGCUCUUUAUCAAGACUUCCUCUUUACUACAUCCCAGCAAAUCACUGGUUUCCAGCUUCGACUCACUCAGUGGUCCGGAUCUGGUCCUGGGCUACACAUCCUUCAGCUAUUGUCUAAUGAUACAUUAACUGCUGGAACAUGGGUAACUACGGAAACAGCUACCAGCAUUCCCGGUACAACACAAAACAUACUUGUCGCAACUGUACCUGUUGGCACAUCUUCCGCCAACUCCCCAUCCAUUACUUGGAAUUCAUACGUAUCCGGCUCGGGAGAGUAUGAAGUGUACCUAAUGAUUCCAGGCUGUACGCGUCUCCAGGAUUGUGACGCUCGUACCUCAGUCAAAGUCACAGUUUCUCCCGGCGGUGCAAUUGCUCCUGCCUCAACGACCAUUUCACAGCGCGUUUCAGAUGACACCCAAGCCCUUGUUUACCGUGGCCCGGUAAUUCCCAGCACUCCCGAUUAUCGCUCGACUGUUACACUUCAACUCGCUGACAACCCCGAGGGUUCUGGCCAGGGAGGACAAUAUCACCUCGUAGCAGAUCGAGUACAGUUUGUGUUGACUAGCGUUGGAACUAGUGGAAAUGGGACCGGAAAUAGUACAGCCCCUGGAUCUGGUCGAAAUGGGUUUGGGUUCUUUGAGUGGCCGCUCAGUGCCAGUGCAACAAACGCGACUGGGAUAUUACCCAACACUACCAUCACACCUUUCGAUGCGCUGGCCUUUACGAUUCCGAACGCGACUGCCAGCAUUCAUGCGAUUGCACCUUAUUCGGCUUCCAGGCUAUUCGCAGGGGGUAAUUUCACAACAGCUGCCGUUGGGGAUGAUGGUACAGUACUCGGGGGUUCUUUCAGUGCAAUCAGGAAAUACGGAGCAGAUGGAUGGGCUGUACUCGAGAACGGACCUACAGUCAAGCCCCUCGGCGCACUGCUCGACCACACCACAGCGGCUUCAACUACUCCCACUGCCUCCACCGCCAACAAUGCCAAAGUCCGCCGUAAUUGGUUCUCCCAUAUGACCAUGUCAGAUCUCUUUAUUCGUCAACAAACAAGCAAUACUCUCCCUGCCCCGCCUUCGGCACCUGCACCCGCCGUCCUCGCAGGCACAUUCUAUUCGAAUCAGUCCAUUUCUCAGCUUACAAUCCUCGGUGGUAACUUUACCUUUGCGAACGGCCAGGCCAAGAACCUCGCGUUCUAUGACACAGAUACCAAUAAAUUGACUGGCGUACAAGGCACUCAAGUCGAAGGAGUCGUAAGGGCGUUAUAUGUAAAGGGCGAUGAAUUAUUUGUUGGUGGACAAUUUACGCUUCAAGGAAACGAAGGUAGCGGAUUGGCGACUUACGGGUUGGCCAGUGGUGCAUGGGAGAGCAAUGAGAAUGUAGGCCUUACGACUGCGUCAGGAUCCACAGUUGUCGUUCGAUCGAUCACUGGCCGACCUUCAAACGACGAUACGGUCAUUGUUGCUGGAUCUUUUGCUAGCGCGGGGAAAUUAACUUGCGAGGCCGUCUGCCAGUGGAGUAUUCAGAACAAGCAAUGGAGCACGCUCGGAUCUGGUAUCAGGGGAGACGUGAGCAGUGUCGCAUAUGCGGGGAGCAAUGCAGAACUUCUUGUCGUAGCCGGCGCUUUGACUCUAGCGGAUGGUACCCCUGCAAACGUUGCGAUGUACAGCUUUGACAAUUCUACUUGGAUUGCUGUUGGUGGCACGAACGGCAUUUUUGCUGCAGGCCGCGCAAGCGAUGGGUCCGCGCCGUUCUUGACUCAUUGGGAUGGACAGCAAUGGAAUGCCCUAAGCACUGACUUUGCUAGCUCGACCGAGGUUACCCAACUCGCAAUGGUGCCACUUUCCGACCCACACAACGGCAAUGGCGUGCUCCAGAACAACCGGGUUUUGUUCAUGUCAGGCUCCCUGGCGUCCAACUCGUUCGGAAGCGCAUCCACAGCCCUCUUCGAUGGUGCGACUGUCUAUCCCUAUAUAUCAACGACUUCGACAAGUGGUUCCACUGGUUUUGUGAACGGGUUGUUCUACUCGGUUUCCAACUUCAGCUUUGAACUCAGGAAAUUCCUUCCUCGUGGAGUGGUUAUCCUUAUUUCGAUCGCUAUUGCGGCCGGCAUUGUAUUCCUUCUGCUCUUGAUCGGUGUUCUAUGGGCUAUAUUCUCCCGUCGCGAUGAUCAACCUCAAGAAGAGUACGUCUAUCAAGAAGCAGACGACGAGAGUUUGCUCCAUCGUCCAUCCUCCCUUCUUGAACACAUCAAUGCUGCAACCAGAAACACCAUCGUUGGCAGCGUAGCGGGUGGAAUCUUCCCUGGCGGCGAGAAGGCUGUGACUCCAGAUCCUACGGAUGGUACCCACAUGGGUGAAGAUGAAGAUGGUAUGGGUGCUGGACAAGUGUACAACGACCCCGAUGGGGAAGGUCGAUUCGCUCUUGCACGCUACUCGUUUGUUCCUUCUGGCGAUGGUGAACUGGCGCUUGAAGAAGGCACACAAGUUGUUGUCCUCGAUGAUAGGGAUCCUGCCUGGUGGUUUGUCCGAAAUGAAGCGAAUGGACAAGAGGGCGUUGUUCCUGCUUCAUACCUCUCUUAA